AGAGGUGUAACAUAUUUAUACAAUGUGUCAUUAUUGCCACCCAUGCAAAGAAGCAGCAUCGGAAAUGGACCGUACCAAGACGCAUAGGGACCCUGCAAGAACCUCGGCUGRAUUUAAGAGCUGAGAAAUAUCCUGUUUCGCAAACAACUAAAUUCCCGUGGACUUUUCUUGGGGGAAAAACUAAACGCGACGCGUAAAAAAGCCGGUCAUUUCCCGGCAUUCUAGUGCGCUGUCGCCCGUUUGGAUUUGGCUCGGUUCUGCAGAGCUUUCCCCCACCCCCCCUCCAGUGAAAGGCGCAGUGUGUGCGCGGUGGUAGGGGCUGUCAUCCUGUCUGACCGCCCGGGUUUCUCGGAGAGGAGAAGUUGGCAGAGAGAGGGAUGUUCCGGCGAUGAUGGCGCUGCAGCUGAGGAGCGGAGAUGCAGCCUUCUACCAGCGCGCAGAGUACUGCAGGAACUACACUUCACCGCCUGUCAGCUACAAUGACAGCAGCCAUUAUCUUGCACGAUUGCCAGGUCCAGAAACCAUGCUGAAGCCCCCCUUGAGUCUCUUCAGUCAUCCGCAGCAGCCCUUCCAUUACAUGGACUCUCUGCACCACCUGGGACCUCCACCGAUGGCGCCUGCACAGCCUCUUGGGCCACCACCCAUCGCCCCUGCUCAGGCAAUUGGACCUCCGACUCUGGCCCCUCAAAGUUUAGGCCCUCCUCACAUCGCUGCUUCCCAUACAUUAAGACCUCCAUCUAUGACUCCACCGCACACUUUGGCUCCACCUCCAAUGCCUCCAGCUCAGCCACUGUGCCCCCCACCGAUGACACACACUUUAGGACCUCCACCUGUAGAUCCCACACAAGCAAUCGUACCUCCCACCAUGGACCUUACACAAUCACUGGGGCCUCGGCAUCUCACCCCUGCCCAAGCACUGGUGCCACCGCCCGUAGUGGCGCCUGCAGCCAGUCGAUUUCCCUUGCCUCCAAGUCCCCUGUCCUCACCCCCUGCCCCAGACCCCGACCCUUCACAGAUGUCCUCAAGGCCUCCUGGGCCGGCCCUGAACCCAUCUCCAGUUUCCAGCUAUAUCUGUGGUCCUGUUCCAGGUCAGGCAGCGCCGGCCUGUGAGCCGCCCCAGGAUGAGAGCUCCUCGGUGGGGAUGGAGGAGCAGGAUGAUUCCCUCGGGCUGGAGGAACUGUGCAAACCACUGUACUGUAAACUCUGCAACGUUACACUUAACUCUGCUCAGCAGGCACAAGCUCACUAUCAGGGAAAAAACCACAGUAAAAAAUUAAGAAAUUUCUACGCCGGAAGCCAACAACCACCGGCCAUCAGGAUCCCAGAAGUCCUGGAGGGGUCCGGUCAAACCGUGGGGUCAGGAUCUACAGACGGUGACGCAGGCAGGCAGGCCCUGUUCAAGGGGGCACCUCGGGUCAUCCUGGCCACAGAGAACGACUAUUGUAAACUGUGCGAUGCCUCCUUCAGCUCACUAGCAGUUGCACAGGCUCACUACCAGGGCAAGAACCAUGCCAAGAAGCUGCGCCUGGCCGAGGCCCAACAGAACUCCAGUAACAUAGAAGGCAGCAACGAGGCAGCACCUAGAAAAAAUCGGAAAGACGGCAGUGAAUAUCGACUGGUGAAAAACCGUCGCAGCCCUCAGCUGCCUGCUGCUAUGCCAGGGCCGUACUACAACCCCAGACCGAGGCAGCGCAUCCCCAGGGACUUAGCCAUGUGUGUCACUCCCAGCGGACAGUUCUACUGCUCCAUGUGCAACUGCGGCGCCGAGCAAGAGACGGACUUCAGGCAGCAUCUGGAGAGCAAGCAGCACAAAGCCAAAGUGUCGGAGCUGAGGUACCGCCACGAGAUGGAGAACCUCGGCUACAGCUAAGAGGGGGAGGAGGGAAUAGAUGGYGAGGGUAAGCACCAGGGGCGGUGGAUGUAAAAAAAAAAAAAAGCCUUUUAUUUGCAGAGCUUUUUAAAGAGAAAGCUAUUACACCCCCCUCAAACAGCCGCCAAGUCUUCUUACAGUUUAUAUAAUUUAUAGAUGAAACAUCAAAUCCAGACAGAAGCAUACUCUGUGUAGCUCAAAUGGUAGAGCAGGUUGUCCGGUAAGUGCAGCUCUAUCUCCUUCUACAGCACAUCUUUUGAGCCAGUUGCUCUUUAUGGACACUUCAGCUCUGCCUAUUAAAUCUGUUCUACCAUAGGAAGCUAUUAGAGCUGAGUCUGUGUUACGAGUCAGAGUGCAACAUACAGGAAAAUAAAAUAAAAGACUUUUAAUAUAUGGGUAGAAAAAAGAUUUUUGGUACUGAAUAAAAACAGAUGUUUUCUGAUUUACUCUCAUUCUAAUCGUGCAGGUUUCACUCUGACUCAGGUUACAAGUGAAUGCAAAUGGGAUGCAAAGAAAUCGUCAGCUUGUUUGGACAAAAUGAGGAAGUGGAUCAGGGAGAAAGGGAUUCUGCAGACAGAGCUGAAGAGAAAAUAUAGAAACAUGAAAAUAAAUAAUUAAUAGAAAAACAAGAAUUUAUAGAGGACCUUUUUUUUUUUACUUCGUGUCCUGCUACAAGAGCAGCAGAGCCACACAGGGUACAGGGAGUAAAUUCAGUGUCUUUAUAAAAUAACAGAGGUAAUAAACGCAAAGCACAAUAAACUUUAUCUUGUACAGCAGUGUUAAAUGAAACUGUGAGCCUUGGCUGACCUCUGACCUGUUCUUCAGUGUGUUUCAGGCUAAAUGUUAGGCGCAGGUGAACCUUGUUCAAGCAAUUGGACAAAAUUAGGCCAAAACUCUGGUCAGCCAUUUUGGCGUUACAGUAGCAACUAAUCUGUACUGUGGUAGGAUUUUUUUCCCUAUAAGCUACGUUAUCAUAUGUAAAUAAUGCUUAAUAACAUUACACUUGUAAAUAUAGAAUAUUARACAAGAAAACUUAUUGAUUCUUUGUUUAUUGGUAGCCUCUUAUCAGUUUAAUUACCAGGAAACUGAGUGAAUUUCUUUUUUUUUUUGUUCGUAUUUUUCCAGUUUUCACUGUAGGCCCUUCAAAUCACUUUUAAAGUGCCUGUGACAUGCAUGUCCCUCAAAUAUAAGAAGUAAUAUAUAAAUAAUCUUUAUAUUUACGAAACUUGGCAUCCCAAUUUGUCACCUAACUGGCACAUUUUCCUUUGAACUUUGCUCAGCCAGCGUGAAACAGGAAGUGACAUCAAAGGGGAACUCUUUAAGAAAAACUCUCUGGUCUUUGUUUAUUGACUCAAUAUUAU